AUGGGGCUCUGGGCCGAAGGGGACGACGAAAAGGAAAUACGGCAUCCUGCAGAACUGUCAGAGGCAGCUUGCCUGCACCACGUGCGGGACAGGCAGCUUUGCAAGGAUGUGCGCAGCCUGGUUUCCGGCACACGAAUGGCCCGGCGCGCGGUGCUGUGGGGCUUCCGCAAGCCUUGGCUACGGCAUGGCAAAGGCCCGCCCUGGAAGGCAGCUCUGCUUGCUCCGCUUCCCCUGCGCUUCCUGCGAUCGCGUUGGUUGGAGGCUAGCUGCCUCGUCAAGCUGCACGCCAGAGAUGUUGGAGGGGCAAAGCUUCAGAAAGCGGUGAAAAGUUGGCAGAUGGCUGGACGCGAUAUAUCUGCCAGAUGGCAUGGCUUUGCGAUUCCAAGCUCCAAAGUAUUGAAAAUCCUGAAGAGCUGUUCUUCUGGAGGUCUAGUGGAACUUGGAGCUGGGGUGGGAUACUGGGCAACAUUGCUCAAGCGGAGAGGCGUGGACAUUGCCGCGCUGGAUAUCGACCCACCUGCACCCAGAGCGAGGGAAAGCUCCUGCAAUGUGAAUUUUGGAGACGCAUCCUCCUUGAAGAAGUUGUCGCACCAGACACUUCUCCUCUGCAUGCCGCCUCCGGGAGAAGCUUCCUGCGCCGAUGAAGCUCUGGCAAGUUUCCGGGGUCGACAUGUGGCCUAUGUUGGCGAAUGGCGUUCUGGGAUGACUGCCACAGAAUCCUUCCAUGAGACUUUGCUGUCCCGCUAUGUGCUGGAGCAUCGGGUCCCCCUGCCUUGCUACCCGAACAUGCGUGUGGAAUGCUUCAUCUUCCGGUCGCGCGGCAAGAAGGAGGGGCUGGCGCAACAUGCGCAGUCCGAGCUCCUGACCUGCGACGGAUGUGGAGCUACUGCUUCUUUGUACUUCUGCCCAGCCACGCGCUUCUGGCGGCUCUGCUCCGAAGCAUGCUAUGAUGCCCUGCUGUCAGAGCAGGCCUCACUUUUGAAGAUGACCUCCUGUGGCUUUGGGCUUCCUGUGCCUGCCUGGAGCUCCUGGGAAGCUUACGGCUGGCUGGCAGUUGAGGCUGCCAGCAGCCAGCAGUGGAGCGCCCUGAAGCGCGCGACCCCGCAGCCGGAAAUCGAAGGUUGGCAAAAAACCGUGGGGAAAAACGACAUGCAGAACAAUGCCCGGAUCUGUCGAGCACUGGUGUUUCUUGCAUUUAUGCUCGUGUAG